AAUCGAGUUAAUCGGUUAAACAACCGAGUGAAUAGAUAGUUUAAACUACCGAAUAGUUCGAUAGUUUUCACUCGGUAGUGCCCAUCACUAUUUUGAACGUCACACCGCAUUGUGACCAGCAAUCGUAACAGGCAGACGUAUCCCGCGUUGCCACUCGUUCAUUGGCUGAAAGACAUCAAUUGGUCACCGCUCUUCGGCCGCGUGAUACAUUUGUCAGACGCGUCAACGAUCAUCCGAAUGACGUGCGCUGGCUCUGCGAUGUCGCCGGACAAAACUUCGUCGCCACCUCGGCCAGCUCGGGGAAUCGAUUCCAGGCGGGCGCGAGACCACGGCACGACGUCGUAAGGGAGGUCCCUUCGUGGACAUUGUAGUCUUCCCUUCGGCGCAUCGCGAUGCAGGACCCGGACGACCGAUUGAGGUUUCACCUUCGGUGUGGCACGUUAGUGAAAUUGUCGACGAACAACAGGUCGGCCAAGCGGCUGCGUGCCUACGACGAGUUCAACAACGGAGUGGUCAUGACGAAUCGAAACCUGUUUGACGACGAACUAUUUGAGAUUCGUAUCGAUAAAUUAGUAGACAAGUGGAGUGGUAGCAUUGAGGUAGGCGUUACAAUCCACGAUCCAGGGGCCAUACCCAUACCUUCAACAAUGACAAAUAUGAGAACCGGCACUUCUAUGAUGUCUGGACGCGGUAUAUUGGCCAAUGGCAAAGGCAUUCGAAGAGAAUAUGGUAAUUUCAAUUUGGACGAUUUGAAGGUUGGUGAUCGUAUUGGCUUAAUGCGAAAGCGAAACGGUGACUUGCAUUAUUACAUCAAUGGUCUUGAUCAAGGAGUAGCGGUUUCUAAUUUACCCUCAAAAGUGUGGGGUGUUGUUGAUAUGUAUGGAAGGACAGUUAAAGUUACUAUUGUUGAUCGCGAUGUCAACGAAGAAAAAAAUUUGCUUACAAGACUAAGCAAUUCGUUAACCGUAUCUAAUGAAAAUCAAUUGAUCAAUGAAGAUUUACUUGAGUUUCAUCCCAUGUGUGGUGCACAUACUCUAGUUAUUAACAAUAAUACAGUUGCUUAUAGACCAAAUGCAUUAGAUGAUUUUAAUAACGGUGUUGUAUUAACCAAGCGUCCUCUACAUCCAAAUGAAUUAUUUGAAGUACGUUUGGAUCGUUUGGUUACCAAAUGGGCUGGUUCAAUAGAAAUUGGAGUUACAACACAUCGUCCUGGAGAUAUUGAUUAUCCUUUAACUAUGACAAAUGUACAUUCUGGUACUUGGAUGAUGACUGGUGUAGGGAUUAUGCAUAAUGGCAUUACAGUGGUCAAUCAGUAUGGAGUCAAUUUAGAUACUUUAAGGGUAGGAGACCGUGUUGGUGCUAUGGUUAAAUCAAAUGGUUCUUUACAUUUUUAUGUAAAUGGGUUGGACCAAGGAGAGGCAGCUAAAAAUGUUCCGAUAGGUGUUUAUGGUGUUGUUGAUUUAUAUGGACAGGCUGCACAAAUUACCAUAUGUCGUGAUAAUGUUGAUCAAAUUUCUCCAUACAAAAAUAAUGUAAGGUUUUUCCCUAAUCAUGGGAAAAAUGCACGUAUUGUUCCUGGUUCACGUGGCCGUACAGCUGACAGGUUGUACUGUGAAUAUGAAUUUAGUCAAUCAAUUGUUUUAGUUAAUCAGACAUUGCAAGAUGGUGAACUAUUUGCUGUCAGUGUAGAUAAGCUUAAUGAUCGAUGGUCAGGUUCAAUAGAAGUUGGUGUUACUACAAUUCCACCAAAUAUUUUGUCUACUGAUCUACCAAACACCAUGACAGAUUUAGAUCAUGAUACCUGGGUUUUAUCUGGAUGCACAGCGAUGAAAGAUGGACUUGCAAUUAAAUACAAUUAUUCAUUGGAUUUAGAUAAAGUCAAAGUAGGUUCUGUGGUUGGUGUAAUGAGACAUAGCAAUGGAUGUCUACAUUAUUUUUUGGAUGGUAAUGAUCAAGGAAUAGCUUGUACAAACGUACCUCCAAAUUUAUACCCUGUAAUUGAUAUAUAUGGUCGAUGUACUCAAGUUACUAUUCAAAGUCCACCAGAAAUUAGAUGUGAUGAUAGUGAUUCAGAUACAAGUUGCUGUUCACAUGAUGAUGUAAUAUCUGUCCAAACUGAAACUGGAGUCAAAAAGCAAAAAGAUAUUAAUUUAUCUAAUUACAUUUAUGGAGAAAAUAUAAAACUAUUUGAUGAUAAUAGAACAGCUACUCGAGUAAAAUCUUUUAAAGAGGGCCUUUUAAUAUGUGACAAUAAGAUGCAACCAAAUGAAUUAUUUCAAAUAUUAAUAGUAAAAUGUAAUACAAAUUAUGCAGGGGGUUUGCGAAUUGGUGUUGUUAGUUGUUUGCCAGAAACUCCAUUGCCAUCAAACAUCAAACAUUUGAAUAAAAACAAAGAUGUAUGGUAUUUUUCAGGCAAUCAAGUGUGGUACAACCAAUCAGUGAUUAUGAAUAACUAUUGUCCCAGUUUGGAUAGAUUGAGAGAAGGUGAUAGGGUAGGGAUUAAGUAUACAGGAGAUAAAACAUUACAUUUAUUUGUAAAUGGCUAUGAUCAAGGAAUUGCGAUGUAUAAUAUACCUGAGACUGUUUAUAGCGUAGUUGAUUUAUAUGGUUGUCAUAUUUCGGCUAAAGUAAUACAUACUGAUCAAGAUACCAAGACAAAUGUACAGAUGACUUCAUCACAAUGUAGUGAAAAUACAUCUGAUUUAUCUGAAUCAGUAAAAGUUGAUACUACAAUUAAUGUUCUGAAAAGAAUGACUGUAUUAGAUGAAGAUAUGAGUGAAUGUUGUUCAUCAGAAAUCAGUUAUUUUAUAGACGAAUCUACAUAUAAGUUAAUGAGAUUUAAUGAUUGGAAAGGUUAUAAUAUACGCUUAUCUAGAGAUGGCCGUACUGCAACCAGAACAGAAUCCUACAAUCAUGGAUUGAUAAUGACUUCAGAUAUAUUACUGCCCAACAUUUUAUUUCAAGUUGAAAUCCAAUCAUUAAAUAAAAAAUGGGAAUCGUCAAUAAUGAUUGGUGUGUCCAAGGUUACCUGUACAAAUAAUGCAGCACCAGCAACAGCAUUGUCUUUAAAAGGAUAUAAUAAUUCAUGGAUAAUUUUUGGUGAUUCUGUGUAUUAUGAUGGCCUUAAGAUUAAAAGUAAUUACGGUCCAGAUUUAAAUUAUUGCUUGCCAGGUGAUAUAAUUGGAAUUAUGAUUGAUGGGGAAAAUCAAUUAAAAUUGUUUGUUAACCGUAUUGAUUAUGGAAUUGCUGCAGUUAAUAUGCCAGCUGAUUGUUAUGGUAUUAUCGAUUUAUAUGGCCAGUGUGAACAAGUUUCAAUUGUAAAUCCUUUUAUUGACUUGUCACCUAUUGAUCCUGUUCCAAAUAUGCCUUUAGAAUGUGAAUUAUUACCAGAAGAUGGUAGCCAACCAAUCCCAUCUGAAGAGAAAGCUGACCUAGAAGGUGAUGAAAAACAGAGUCCAGCAUGUGAAGAAACAGAAUUAGCUGAUUUAGCUUGGAUGAAAACUGAUAAAACCAACGAAAAUGUUUUGGUUGCUAGUGGUCAUGAUGUUAGAUCACGUUCAGCUGAACUUACUGGAUGGAUAGAUGAUGAAGCAAGUACAUCUACGCUGAGGAUGUCAAAAAUUCGUGCUGGAAAAACUUCUAGUUAUUACACUCCUGAUACUAGAGAAAGUAGACAAAAUGAAAUUUUAAAGGCUCUUCGUCUUAAACAAUGUCAAUAUUUUAAUCUAUCAUUAAAAAUCAGAGCCCAUCUUAGUAUUCCGGAUGAAUUUUUUUUAAGUAAAGGUCAUACAUGUUACUGUGAUGGAUGUAACUUGUAUACAUUUGAUGAAAAUAAAUUAUCGAUUGAAACUGGUUGGUGCAAAUUUUUACUUUGUCAACAUCCAAAAUACAAUAAUUUAUCACUAGAUAAAUGGCGAUCAGCUUAUGUAGGGAGAUCAUUUGACAUGAUUCGUAAUUGUUUGGAUAAUGGAACUUUAACUCACCAAGAUACUGAACCAGAAAACAUUAUACUUUAUCCAUAUUUAAAGCGUACAGUAUGUUGUCAAAACAUAAAAUAUUUUGUAUAUUAUGAUCCAGAAACUAGUUAUCAGUAUAAAUGUCAUGCAGCUUUUGAAUUGAUGAUUGAACCAGGUUCAUUUGAAAUUGGCGAUUUAUUGCCAAAGUCUAGCAGAACAGAUUGCCAUCAAAUUUCAUCAUUAGUAAUUCCAAAGUUAGGUACAAAAACUGUACUCACUGCUCUUUACUUUAGAUUUGAUAGAGAUAUAAAUUAAACUAAAGGAGAGAUUAUUUUAAAAAUUUAAAAGACAUUGAUCUCACUA